GAAACGACAACGUUUGUCCUUUGUGAACCUGGACUUGAUCGUCCCAUUUCCAAACGGUUGUAAGAGAUGGGGUUGUGGGGUUUGAGACAUGCAGUGGCGAUGGCGGCGCUGUGUUUAGUAUUAUUGAGAAGCAGAGGAACGGAAGGAUUAAGGCUUUGGAUAGAGGAAGGAGAAGAGUGCUUCUCCCAGGGGGUCAAGUACGAGGGUGACUCUUUUCAUGUCUCUUUCGUAGUCAUUAAGGACAAUUCCCCCUGGCAUCAUUCCGCCAACGCCGACGGUAUCGAUCUCGUCAUAAAGGGACCGAGUGGCGAGCAGAUUCUAGAUUUUCGCGACAGGAAAAGCUUGACCAUUAGUUUUAUGGCACCAUCGAAGGGGAUUUAUCACUUAUGUUUCAUUAACAAGUCUCCAUACCAUGAAUCCAUUUACUUUGAUGUACAUGUUGGUCACCUCAAAUCCUUGAAGCCCUCUGAACAGCAUUUACAAGAUGCCCAUGUCACCCCCUUGAUGGAACAGAUAGCAAAGUUGGAGGAAGCCCUUGACAACAUCGUGUUUGAACAGCAUUGGUUAAAGGCUGAGACUCACCGCCAGGCAAUAGUUAAUGAUGGAAUGAGCCGGAGAGCAAUCCCUAAGGCAGUGAUUGAAUCGGUAGCACUCGUUGGGGCCAGCGUCCUCCAAGUCUACCUUUUGCAACGCUUGUUUAAUCGGAAACUAGGGGCUAGCGUCCUCAAAGUUUAGAUAUGUUUGUUGCAUAUUUAAUGAAUCUAUUAUUAGCACAAGAUGGACUAUCAUGUAACC